CGAGCUAUUGCUUUAAUUGAAUCAGAGGAGCCGUUGUAUAGGAAGAGGAGGUCUGCAGACGCGGACAGCCAAUCAGAAAAGGUUUUACACCGAGCGCGAAGAGAGGCGGAGAGUGAACACAAGUCAUUGGAGGAAGUUUCGCCUGAUACGAAGCAGGAUGUUGAAAAGCGAGACGCUGAUGAUGUCUUGGAUGCCGAGAAAAGAUUUAUGCGGUUUGGGAAACGGUUCAUGCGGUUCGGGAAACGCGAAGACGGGGAACCGGAUAAGCGGUUUAUGCGAUUCGGGAAGAGUAUGGCAGAUAACGAUCUGGACAAACGGUUUAUGAGAUUUGGCAAAAGGUUCAUGCGGUUUGGGAAAAGUCUUCCGGAUAGUGAGGUAGAUAAACGGUUUAUGAGGUUUGGGAAAAGUGUAGAUGGUGAUGUAGAUAAAAGAUUUAUGAGAUUUGGGAAAAGUGUAGAUGAUGCUGUAGAUAAGAGAUUCAUGAGGUUUGGGAAAAGUGUAGACAGUGAUUUAGACAAAAGGUUUAUGCGAUUUGGGAAAAGCGUUGGGAGCGAUGAAGUUGACAAAAGAUUUAUGAGGUUUGGGAAAAGUGUAGGAAGCGACGAAGUGGAUAAAAGGUUUAUGAGGUUUGGGAAAAGCCUUGGAACUGAUGAUGUGGACAAACGGUUCAUGAGAUUUGGCAAAAGUCUUGGAACCGAUGAUGUGGACAAACGGUUCAUGCGAUUUGGGAAAAGUCUUGGAACUGAAGAUGUAGACAAAAGGUUCAUGAGAUUUGGCAAAAGCCUUGGAACUGAUGAUGUGGACAAACGGUUCAUGAGAUUUGGCAAAAGUCUUGGAACCGAUGAUGUGGACAAACGGUUCAUGAGAUUUGGGAAAAGUCUUGGAACUGAAGAUGUAGACAAAAGGUUCAUGAGAUUUGGCAAAAGCCUUGGAACUGAUGAUGUGGACAAACGGUUCAUGAGAUUUGGCAAAAGUCUUGGAACUGAAGAUGUAGACAAACGGUUCAUGAGAUUUGGGAAACGGUUUAUGAGAUUUGGUCGAAGUGUUGGGGAUUCCAAAUAUCGGAGCGCAAGCAGCGAAAACGUCAUGACAACAGACUCAAAACAAACGACAGAACAAGCGACAAAUAAGUCCUAAAAUACAACAGUGAUAUUUGU